UGGGGAGGGCAGCGAUUUGGAGACGAGCUAAGGAAACCUUAGCCGUGGGCCCCGCCCACGGAGCCCGGCUCUCCAAAGCCUGGGAUUAGGGGCCUGGAGGCUGGCACCACACCUUGGCCAGGUGUUCAUAACAGGACCAGGUGCGCGGCUGCCCCGCCCCGGUCCCCGGGAGCCCUGAAUAAUGGCUGAGAACCCGAGGAACAGGCCCCAGCUGCGGCCCAAAACAAUACCCUGAGGGCACCGGUGCUAGCAGGUGUCCCCCCUCCCUAGGGACAGUCGGGGGAGGCCUGCCUGGGGCGGGGUGGGCAACAGGUGCUGACACAAGAACCGCGCCGGGGGACGGAGUCUACUGAGACAGAUGUCAGCGCCCACCGCGCCGGGCCAGUUGCGCGGUGCCCUCCGGGACGCAGGGGGCGCUGUGGGCGCGCGGAGGCAGACAACAUUGCGAUCCCAUCACCCCUCGGACCCUGUUUCUAACGCGCCGAGCAGCCAUGGCCGCCGCUCUUGGCCUUCGCUGCCUGUCGCGAGCGCAUCCUGCGCGGCUCUGUGGGCGCGUGGAUCUGCUGCGGAGGACCCCGCGCCGGGGCCACCGGCUCUCUCCCGCGGAUGAUGAGCUGUACCAGCGGACUCGCAUCUCUCUGCUGCAGAACGAGUUCCCUCAGGCCGUGUACAUUGACAGCUACAAUAGCAGAGGCUUCACGAUCAACGGAAACCGCGUGCUUGGCCCGUGCGCGCUGCUCCCACAGACGGUGGUCCAGUGGAAUGUGGGAUCUCAUCAGGAUAUCACUGAAGAAAGCUUCUCCCUUUUCUGGAUGCUGGAGCCUAGAAUAGAGAUUGUUGUGGUGGGCACUGGAAACAAGACUGAGCGGCUGCACUCCGAAGUACUACAGUCCAUGAGGCAACGGGGCAUCGCUGUGGAGGUGCAGGAUACGCCCAAUGCUUGUGCCACUUUCAACUUCCUGUGUCAUGAAGGUCGAGUGACAGGAGCCGCCCUCAUUCCCCCUCCUGGAGAGACUAUACUCACUUCUUUGGGUCACGCUGCAGAAUGAAACACCAGGAACAGUCAGCACUGGCACCUUGCCAAGUGCAGGGACUCCCUGUCUUCCUAACCCUCUUGGCACUUCCAACACUUGCCAUGCUUACCCAGGAUAAGAACUUAACUUCUAUGUACAAGUA